UUGCAUCAAAAGUCGUAUCUCCUUUUCUUCUUGUCUUUUCUUAUCCAUUGUUUCAUUAUAACUCUAUCCUUUCGACUUCUUAAAUUCUGCCUAUUUUUUUUUCGUCCUUUGCAAAUUAACCCAUUCUCAUUCUUAGUGAUCUGAUUGGUUGAGUUUGGAUUGUUGCAAGAAAAAUUUUGAUUGAGUUCAUUUGAGUUCAAUAAAGAACUAAAAGAGGAAGCUAAAGAGUGGAAAAAGGCAGGAGAGUGUGAGCUCAUAAGAGGGUAAAAGCCAAGUUUGAGAAUACACGAGUGUGAGUGCUAUCAAUCUUGAGAGGAAACACGUGAGGGAGUGUUUGUGAGGUUUCCUAACUUUGUUUUGCAGGCUAUUAAACAUGUCUCGAGAGAAUGAAGCUCAGGAAAAGAUAGAUUUCAAACUCUUCUUUCAGUCCUUAGAGCAAAAAUUUGAACGAAUGGAGAUGAGGUUUGAUGAGAUAAAUGAGAAAAUAGAUAAAGUUGAAUCUAGUUCACAAAGGGGGCAACCACCUAGAGCUCCUACUGUGCAACGAAGAGAGAGGCAUCCACCUAGGUAUGAUUAUGAAGAUGACUAUGGGGAUGACCUAGAUGAUGAUGAUCGUUCCUCUAAUGUAAGUGUAGGCCAAAUUAGGCGUGGGAAUAGAGAUAGAGGAGUUAGACAUGGAGAAAGGAUUGAUAAUAACUUGGACAACAUUAAGAUGCAGAUUCCAUCUUUCCAAGGAAAAAAACGAUCCAGAAGUUUAUUUGAAGUGGGAGACAAAGGUUGAAAUGGUGUUUUCUUGUCACAAGUACUCUGAAUUGAAAAAGGUAAAAUUGGCCACCAUCGAAUUUACUGAUUAUGCUAUUAUUUGGUGGGAUCAACUUAUUUUGAGCAGGAGACGGAAUCAUGAAAGGCCCAUUGAGACAUGGGAAGAAAUGAAGGCUAUUAUGAGGAGGCGAUUCAUUCCAAGUCACUACUAUAGGGACUUAUUUCAGAAGUUGCAACGCCUUACUCAAGGUUCCAAAAGUGUUGAGGACUACCACAAGGAGAUGGAAAUAGCCAUGAUUCGAGCCAAUGUGGAGGAGGACCGAGAAACUACCAUGGCCAGGUUCCUAGUUGGAUUGAACCGUGAUAUUGCAGAUGUGGUCGAAUUACAACAUUACGUUGAGUUAGAUGAUAUGGUGCACAUGGCCAUUAAAGUGGAGCGACAAUUAAGGAGAAAGGGGUCCACACGAAUUGGGCAAAAUUCAAGUUCUUCUUCAACAUGGGAAUCGAAUUGUAGUGGAAAGGAUGAAAGGCCUAAUGUUGAAACCUUCAAAACAAACAAAGAUGGAGGAGCACCAAAUAAGGUAAAAUCUGAUACUCUACCUCCUAGAAAUAGAGAUAUCAAAUGCUUUAAGUGUUUGGGAACAGGCCAUAUUGCAUCUCAAUGCCCAAACAAGAGUGUGAUGAUUUUGAAAGAUGAUGGUGAUAUUGAGACCGAAUAUGAGAUUGAUAAUAAGUCUGAUAAUGAGUCCAUGCCACCUUUAGAGGAUGCAAGUGGCAUUGAGUACCCGUUGAUGGGGAGCUCUUGGUGGCAAUGA